GCCUCCUCUUAUGCUGCUGCCGCCCCUAGCACUCAUCGAGAGCGACCGGCCGCGGAACGACCGCAGCGCCAUCUAGCGGAUGCGACGCCAACUGCUCUGUGCCGCUACACGCAAAUCAGCGGAUUGAUGUGUCCUUAAAUCAGACAUUGCCUCUAAAUUAUUCUACCACCAGAGGGAACCCUUCUCGGGCACACUAGCUUCACACUCCGCGCUAGAUGACCAGCUUGGCAGAAAAUGGGCAGAGCGAUGUCUCUGACUUGUAGCGAUACCCCUUGCUUGCGUUCGGAGCGCGGUGUAUUGCCGCAGUGGCGCUCACACAUGAGCUCGCUCUAGGUUUCUCAAAAGGAAAUUCUCUGCUGCUAGUCAUGAAAUGUUUCUAAAGCAUUCCCUUGUGGAAAUACGUGGCGAUUAGGACCUCAAGCUGGUGCCUCCAACUUCAAUCACCAUUUCUGGCCAGUUAAAUUUUUGUAGCCUCUUGCUACUUGUUGAAGCUCUUGUUUCCCUCACUUCCUAACAAUUUUGCCAACCUUCCUUCGUGUCGUCUGUGCUUCAAGGGGCGCUUCAAUGCGUUUAGUUUCAUUUUUGCGCGCUCUUGAAAUAUUUCGUGUCAACCAUAGGAAUUUACAGCUCUCCUAUCUUGUCGUGACUUAGAGGAUAUUUGAAAUAUUGCAUGAAAAGGUUAGCGAGAAGAUAUGUCGGAAACAUUGACUCAACACCUUAGGUCCAUAGCAGUACUGUGGAAUGAAAAUAAGGUUUGCAGUGAAGAGGAAGUGGAAGCUGUUUUGAAUUCAUACCGAACACUUCGCAACGGAUGUGCCGGGAGCCCAGAAUACCAAACGUCAUGUACUUCAAAUGCAUCUCUCUUAGAUGACACUCUUCAAAUUAUGGAAUUUCUUCUCGAAAAGGAAGAUGAAACAUCUGCUUUGUGUGUACGUGUGGCCACUCAGUUUCUUGGAAACUUGAUUGUGAACCACAGUGACAAUCAGCUGUUAGUAUGGGAAAAGUUUUCAACAUUGUUGAAGAAAAUGUUAGCUUCAAAAGACUUGAAACUGAAGAAUUUUUCUGCAAUGGUUAUUUAUAACAUUUUACUUGGGCAUCCAGAUUUGUGUGCUCCUAAACCAUAUGGUAUAGAUUUACUGGCAUCAUUCCUCAAACAUGCUGUUAUGGAGUGUGAAUUUGGGGUAUAUGCCACUGAGCUGUUUUUAUCGACUCCUGAUGUCUUUGAGGAGUCGUACCCCUCCUUAGACAUCGAAUGUCGCCUUAGGCUUCUUGAAAUCUGCCACGAUAUACUUUUGUCAUUGCCUGAAAAUACUACUAAAGUUGAGGACAAGAAAAGGAAAGAUUUGCCGAAAGCUGAGCCAACUAGAAAGAUACUCAUGCCUUGCCUGAAGUUUAUGGUCGAACAACUGAAAAGGCGGUCAUUUUUGAUUCUCAAGACUUCUGCUCACUAUGCAGAUUCACUUGAGCCAAGAGAGGUGUCUAAACUUAUUGAAGUGGUUGCUUGUGCUUCUAGCAAAGACCCAUACAAUGCAGAGCUUCAGAUGGAUAAGUCGUUACUCAUAGACUGUACAUUUCUCCUGAAAAGUAUACAUAUGGUUGGGCAGACAGGUGAUAAUGAAUUUUCCCCAAUCCACAAACUUUCUGCUCUGAAUAUUUCUGAUAAAGGUGUUGAGAAUCAAGUUGAACAACACCCAGCAUUUGGAUUUAAAGCUUGUCUUGUACGUCUUAUUGGAAAUUUAUGUUGGAGGCACAAGGAAAAUCAAGACCAAGUGCGAGAACUUGACGGAAUUCCACUUCUUUUGGAUUGCUGCUCAAUUGAUGCAAGAAAUCCAUUAAUGAUUCAAUGGGUUGUUCUUGCUAUUCGAAAUCUGUGUGAGAAUAACAAAGAUAACCAAGCUGUCAUCGCUGCUAUGAACAGAGAGGGAUCCAUUGAUACAAGAAUGCUGCAUGAUCUUGGCCUCACGUUACAUGCAGAUGAUAAAUCAAACAAAGUUCGCAUUGUUCCACUGAAGAGCAAGUAACUUUAAAAUUUUCUUCAGAGCUUGUGAUUUAUUUAUAUAAAUAUAAAUCUGAAGUUUCAACAGCUCUUCUGUCUGAAGUUCCCAUUUCCAGCGUUAAACUGAUUACAUACUUAACUGUUUGACUGAUUUUUCCUUCUCUUAUAAGUUUAUCUAGGGAGAGUUCAGUUAUAUCCUUUUGUGAGUUUGUAAAAAGGACUAAAAGGUGUGUCACAAAUUUAUCAAAUGUACUGUAUUUCCCUUUCUUCUUGUGAGACUGAAUUUUAAUGUUCCUCGACUUGCCACUUAUUUAUUCCUUCCUGUCUUGUUACUAUUUUGUACUGAUUGAUUCUGAUUUUGUUAUUCUUGUUAUUCUAUGUUUCAAUUUAUAAGCCUGUUCUUCUAUAACUCCUCUUUAUUGUUUGUAUAUCAUUAAAUUUGGUACAAGAUUUGCAGAAGAAAACAACUGUCAUGUAUUAAUCAAACUCCUCUAAAUGUUGUUGUGUAAUGACAUUGUAUUCUAUCUUUAUGUAGUAGAGUUGCCACUUCGCUCUUGUAUCCUUCCAGGAGUUCAGUUUUCUAGUGAAUGUGACGGCUAAAUUUGCAUGGUUUGUCAAAUACUUUGUUUCUACUAGUUGCUCAGACCAGUGCCAUUCUGUUUUAGUCAAAUUAAUUAUUGUGUUCCCAUUUCUUCAUGCAAAUAAAAAUGUUGUCACAGUGUGAGAAAUUAGAUGUGGUGGUGUAUGCUGCACUAAAGCUGUAAAUGCAAAAAUAAAAUUCGUAGCCCUAUGUCUGAAAUGUA